CCAGUAGGCACAGUGUGUCAUGGUCACGAUGGCGACCAUCCGCAGUUUGCUAGUUUUGAUUUCACUCGUCGGUUUCGUAUGUGGUGAUCCAUUUUUCGGUAAUAACUACCAGAUUCCGCAGAGUUCGGAAUUGGUUCGAUCGGCAAAUUUAGUAGUGACUAAUCUGAACGCCGCCCGGAAUGCGGUUUCCUCGUACGGUCGAAAUCCUCCUGCGGCCAGUGUCAGUUUGAACCGGGGUGCUCGUGUGCUGGCAGAUUACGUGGGAAAUGUCAGUCAGCUGAUCGGCAAUGUCUACUCGCAGCUGUCACGGGCUGCCACAGAUCGUACUACGGAUCCGGCCGUAGUGUUCUCGAAAAUCAGCACCCAGAUAAAUGCGUUGAGACCGUUGCUUCAAAACUCAUCCGUUUAUGUUGAAUCGCUCGCAGCCUACUUUGAUUACGAAGGAGACAACAGUACUUCGUGCUUUUUUACGGAACAAAACAAUGGGAUGAAAAUAGACAUUGAAAAGCUGAGCACGAUUCUUCAGAAUGUUUCCAGGGUUGUUGAUUCAAUCGCUGGUCAGUCACUGAACACCCAGCAGUUCAUUGCCGUCCUUUCCGUUAACGGAUUGCUGCAAAAUUUAGUCGAUGCUACGCAGAGAGCUGCCAUUGCUUCUAAUGAAUAUAUGGGAAUCAUCACUCGUUAUGUGGCUGCAAUCAACGAUGCCAAUAGUGUUCGUUUGACAGUGAAUUCUAGGCUUCAGACAAGUCGUAAUGCGAUCAACUCAGCCGUGAACAGUUACAUCUCCAGUUCGAACUCCUCGUUCAACUCGAUUCUUUCGUCAACCGACAGUCUGUUCAAUCACCUCAAAACUCUAAACGAAUCGUUCGUGUUCCGCUGGCCACUGCUGUUAAGCGAUCGCGUCGAAUCGAAACUUGCUCUGUUGAAUAGUUCAAUAGAAAAUCUAAUCACAAAUCUACACUUUCGCCGGUCCGUGGUUGACAAUCACUACUCGCUGACGGGAGCCAUUUUCCGGACAUCCAACGAAGCCUUAGCAUACCUGGAGGAGGAAGCCGAACUGCUAACCCGUGUCCUGGCGAAUGCGGUUAAUCCGAACAGUUGUGCUUCGAACUUCCGAAAUCAGUUCUACAAUUUGCCCGGUUCGGUUCAGUCACUGCUAAGUCAAUGCUUCACCAGUCAGCUGAACCUGGAACGGCAGGGAGCGAAUCAGGUUCAGUCGAUUGCCAACAAUUUCCUGCGGUCGUACGUGACGGUGGUUUAUGCAAAUGCGGAAAUUUGCUUCAGCCAUCCGUUCGACCAGAUGAGCAAGUGUUUGGAUGAUUUUGUGGAUACCAUCGACUUCGGUGGAAAGUUUUUCCUGCUGGAAACUACCACUUUCUAUUUGUUCGAACAGGUGCAAUCCGAACUGACCAAUUGCAGUUCUAGACUGGUGAGCUACAUCCGGAAUGUCGGACUGCGGGCCAACUGUCAACGGAACCCCUAAUUAAAAGAACCGUCUAUUUUUGAAUAACAUUUUAUUUUUAAUGAAACAACAAAUGAAUACACCAAGCUAUUGAUCACCAACGA